CUACGCGCGUCCAGUUCCAGAACGGCAAAUGAGGCCAACUUUGUGGUUUCCUUCGCUGAGCGCGUUUGAUCAUUCAUUUUGGCUUAUUCAUCAUACGUAUGUAUUUGUGUGCAUGCGCAGCCCAGUAAGCAGUUCACAACCAGACCAAAUUAUCUGAUAGAACCAUCAUAAGUUUUGCGCAGUAGUGGGCAGAUCUUUGAACACUCAUCUUGUGUUUACAAGGAUCUUUACAAGUUUCUUCUUGGCUGAUCAGACGAUCGUAGCGUUUGCCGAUGUGUGUUGCACUGUUUUAAUUAUCAGCUAUCAAACAUUCGUUUUGUGCUUUGUUUUGUUACAUCUGUGACUGCGUCUGUAGUAUACUGGGAUGCUGGAUUGUAUGAUCUGCAAUUUCGAUGUGAUGAUAUGAUUCUUCUGUUUUUCAAUUGGCGAAUGUGCAGUAGCAGGCGCUGUUGAGUGAUUUUAUAACAUCUCCGUUGAGGCCAGAAAUCAAGAUGAUGCUCUCACUGAAGAUUCGCCUGCCUGAAGCAAAUUCGACCAAAACUGUUCCGCUGAACUCCAGCCUGCUGGUAUAUGAUGCGUGCAAACUGAUACGUGAACGUUUCCAAGAGUUUGCAAAUCAACUUGGGAAAGCCUCGGAUUAUGGUUUGUUUCUGAACGACGAAGAUCCUCGUAAAGGAAGAUGGCUGGACCCCAAUCGCGCUCUGGAAUUUUACCUUUUGCGGAAUGGAGAUACACUGGAAUAUCGCAAAAAGAUACGGUCUUUGAAAGUACGCAUGCUGGACAACAGUGUAAAAACGCUUAUGGUUGAUGAAAGCCAGACGCUGAAGAAUCUUCUUCCCAUUAUCUGUGCGAAAAUUGGUCUGACUAACUACGAUGAGUACGACUUGGUACGCGAAAUUCGAGAAGAAGAGAAGGAAAAUGCUCGGAGGUUCAGCGAGACGGGCUCGACUACUGGAACGUUGAAAAAAAGUGGAACUUUGACUCGCGAUCGCGAUCAGAAGAAGAUGGACAAACUCAAACAAAAGCUGGCCACCGACGAUGACGUUUCUUGGGUUGAUCAGUCUCGGACAUUGAUACAACAAGGUGUCGAUGACAGUGAUGUGCUGUUGCUGAAACGUCGUUAUUUUUAUUCCGAUCAAAAUGUGGACGCUCGAGACCCCGUACAGCUCAAUCUGUUAUAUGUUCAGUGUCGAGACGCAAUCCUAAAUGGAACUCACCCUGUAACAGUGGAACAAGCGCAACAGUUUGCUGGGAUUCAGGCACAAGCAGAAUAUGGCGACUACGACGAAUCUCGUCGUGCUAUUGAUAUGAAACCAUUUAUGCCUAGGAAUUAUGGGAAAGUAAAAGGGAAUUUGGCUGAUCGUCGUGUUUAUGAUGAAUGGAAUAAACAGCGCGGAGCAAAUGAUUUGAUGGCCAAAGUGGCUUAUAUUAAACUUGCACGUUCCUUAAAGACUUACGGCGUGACGUUCUUCCUGGUGCGAGAAAAGCAGAAAGGGAAAAACAAACUGGUUCCCUGCUUAUUUGGAGUCACGCGCAAUAGUGUUUUGCGACUCGACCAGCAAACGAAAGAGACCUUGACAACUUGGCCGUUGACCCAAGUCAAACGUUGGGCCGCUUCGCCUAAUACCUUCACGUUGGAUUUUGGUGAUUAUGCGGAUGCGUAUUACUCCGUAGAAACCCAAGAAGGCGAACAAAUUGCUCAACUCAUUGCCGGUUACAUUGAUAUUAUCCUGAAACGGCAAAAACCUAAGGACCACUUUGGUGUGGAUGGCGAAGAGGGCUGUACACUGGAAGAGGACGAAGUCCUACCAGCGAAAAUUUCCGUGAUACAACCACGACAAACCAAGGUUGACCAGCCUGUUAAGGGACAUAUUGCUAUGCCUGGAAUUAUGCGCGAUAUUAACCCCGAGAAGCCGGUGAAAGCCAUUGAGGCAGCUAAAACCAAAUUGGUCAAAAUUGUGGAUAAUCUGCAAAAGCCUGCUGUUCUUCCUCCCAUUGGCGAAGAUCCCGUUUCGAAAAAAUGGGUUGAACAGAAGGUGGAAGUGUCAAAGCAAAGUGUGGGCACUCAAAUGGCUCAAAUCACUCGUCAUGUUGCCCAGAUUGUUAACCUCACCGCCCCACCCGUUCAGGAGCGGGACUAUGCGGCUAUUGAUCGAGCGGUGAAUACCAUUGUCGAUAAUCUGGAUGAGAUGGUGGACAGCGUGAAGUUUAUUGCGGCUGUGCUGGACGAUGACAAGAAAGGAGAUGAACUGUAUGAUGCAACACAGAAAUUAAUCAAAGCCGUUCGCGAUCUGCUAGACGCAGCAAAACCGGGCGAAGCUCCACGUCAGGAAGUUUUGACGGCCGCCACCAAGGUGGGCGAAACCGGCAAGGAAAUCAUGGAUCGCGUGGAUCCGCUUAGUGUGGAAUAUCAAGAUUCGUUGGUCAUGCUGGCGAAAGCCGUAGCCAAUUCGACGGCUCAUCUCGUACGCAAGGCAAAGGAAGUGGCGGCUGCCACUGAUAAUUUCGAACUGCAAAACCGGAUUAUUCAAGCUGCUACUCAGACGGCUCUUAGCACGUCCGAGUUGGUUGCCUGUGCCAAAGUUUUACUGCCCACGAUUACGUCACCUCCUUGCCAGGAUCAGCUUGUAGAUGCGGCUCGGAAGGUCGCCAAGUCUGUGCAAGAUCUUCUGGAUGCCUGCAAGAUAUCUGGUGCUGAAAAGUAUCUUCUGGAAGAUUUGAACGAUGCUGCCGCCCAGGUUACCAGAGCUUUGAACGAUCUUUUGGGUAUGGUGAAACAGGGCCCAGAAAUCACUCAGGCACCGGUGCCACAUGAGGCAGCGGUGGAAGUUAUCACCCAGAGUACUACACAUUUGUGUGAGGCCCCUGAGCCGGCUGAAAUGAUUCGCCAAGCCAAAGUUUUGGCGCAAGCUACUGCUGAGCUUGUAAAAGGACUGAAGUCGGAAGCAGAAGCUGUUACGGACAAAGAUCUGCAGCGGCGUCUGUUAGCUGCUUCCAAACAGCUGGCGGAUGCCACCACACGUCUCGUUGAAGCAGCUAAGUUAUGUGCCGCUGUGCCACAAGAUCAAGACCGACGCCAAGCAAUGCGUGAUGCAGCCGUUAAUAUUCGUGAUUUGGCCCAGCAGGCUACCGUGGAAGACGAAAAAGCGUACUACUUGAAACGAUUGGAGACCUCAGCUAAGCGUAUGGCGCAAGCUAGCACGCAGACCAUAGCGGCAUCUCAGGCAGUGGAAGCAACCAAUCUGAAUCGCGGUUCACAACAGAAUCUACUAGAGCAGUGCCGCAUUGUGGCUGAUCGGCUGUCGAGACUUAUUUCCGCCAUCAAGUUAACCAGUUCCAGCCCACAGGACAAAGUGGCCAUUGCGCAGUUGCUUCAGAAUAGUGAAGAAGUUUUGUAUCCCGCUGAGGAAUUGGUCAGUGCAGCGAAAGCAGCUGUUCCAACAGUUCAGGAUUCUGCGGCAGCUCAUCGCCUGCGCGAAUCCGCGACAAAUUUGAGCAUCGCCAACGGAGAGUUGCGAACGUCUCUUAACAAAGCGAAAGACUUCCAUACUGUCACUGCUGAAGUGAACGUCGAUACCGCGAUGACCGUUAUCUACUCUCUUGAGCGAGAUUUGGAUGCCUUUAAGCGCGCGGCUCAGAAUGGCUCACUGAUGCCGCUUCCCGAUGAGACGGGCCCAAGUGCUGCUUCACGCCUACAAGCGUCUGCCAAGCAGGUUAGCAGUGCUACGGUCCAGUUGCUCAAUGCAACCAAUCAGGCGGAUGAGAACUUUGUGGCUGAUGCCAGUCAGAACGUGGCGCGCAGUCUGCAGGAUCUUAGUGCUGCUGCCCGUGGCGUGGCAGCUACAAUACCGGAUGAUCCGCAGAGUCAAUUGCGUAUGCUGGACAGUGUGCACGAAGUAGUGGAGCGCAGCGCUUACCUGGUGGACAGUGUGCGUAAUGCUUUCGGCAAGUCGACGGAUCCUGUGGUGCAAAGCAGUCUUGUCGAUGCUGCACGACAAGUAGCCGCGGCUCUGAACCGCUGUCUGAGCUACCUCCCUGACCAGCGCGGUAUCACGAAGGCAAUGAAAACUGUGGAGGAAACAUCCCAGCGGAUUGUUUCACAUGAAACGGUUAUUCGGCCGAGUCGAACCCUGGUGGCGGACGUUUUUAUUGAUCUGAACAAUGCCGGUGCUGUUCUGAAUGAAGCAGCCGGUGACGUGGUUACCUCCACAUACGGCUCCAUGGAGCAGCUGGGCAGCUCUGCCGAGCACUAUUCCGAAGUGUAUAAGCAGUUUGUCGACUCUGGAAUGCAUUUGAUUUCUACAGAAACGGAUACAUACCGCCGUGAUGAAAUGAGAAAAGGUCUGGAGGAUGUCUCUAGCGCCUCAAAACGGCUGUUAGCGUUAGCCAAGCAGACCAAUGGUCAACCGGAUGCAGGACACAUGAAAAAUCAACUAACUGCGGCUGCCAGGGCCGUUACGGAAUCGAUCAAUCAUUUGCUGACAUACUGCGCUCAGUCUCUACCAGGGCAAAAGGAAUGUGAUAACGCCAUCCGCCGCAUUCAGCAGUUGAGAACAUCUCUGGACAACUGUUCGGUACCUGCGAAUAGCCGAACAUAUUACGAAAGUUUGGACGCUGUUCUGGACUCUUCCCGAGUACUGGGAGAAGGUAUGGCGGGUAUUUCAAAUGCCGCUAAAUACAACCAGACUGAUCAGUUCGUCCAAGCGGUGCGAAAUACUACCGAAGCUGUAUCGGCACUGAUCGAAAACUCUGCUCAAGCUGCCUAUCUGAUUGGUAUCUCAGACCCAUCCAGCGUGGUGGGCAAGUCCGGGGUGAUAGAUCAGCGCGAGAUCUCCGAUGCCGUUCAUGGUAUCCACGACGCUAGUCGUGCCAUCACGGCCUCCUCUCCUGUGACUCAGCAACAGAUGCUAGCGGCUGCUACAGUAAUUGCGAAGUAUUCACACACUUUGUGCAGUUCCUGCCGAACGGCAUCCAAUCGUACUCCUAACCCUGUUUCCAAACGACAGUUUGUCCAGUCAGCAAAGGAUAUCGCCACCAGCACAGCAAAUCUCGUUCGGGCUGUGAAGACCCUGGACGGCAGCUUCACUGAAACCAACCGGCAGGAAUGCAUUACCCACAUUAAUCAACUGCUCCGCUCUGUCGACGAUCUUGGUGCCUUUGCGUCUUCUCCGGAAUUCGCUAGCAGUGCUGGCCAGUUAAGUAAUGGUGGACGGAAAGCUCAAGAACCAAUUGUGGUUUCCGGGAAGUGUAUCAUUGAUGCCACCAGCAGCUUGAUUUUGGCGGCCAAAUCGCUUUCAGUUAAUCCCAGUGAUCCUUCCGCUUGGCAAGCAUUAACAUCACAGUCUAAUAAUGUGUCGGAUUCCGUUAAGAGUUUAGCUACUGCCAUUCGUGAUAAAGCGCCUGGACAGACAGAAUGCAGCGAAGCGAUUGAACGUCUGAAUAACUACAUGCGAAUUGUAAAUCGGGCCUCACUGGCGGCUACUAAUCAGAGCCUUCCUCCACGCAAUGAAAACACUACGGAAGGUUUCUAUGAGAUCACUAUCAACACAGCGGUUCAGCUGAGCCAGACCAUUCUCAGUGUGCGCGAGGCAGCGAAGUCGGAAGCGGAAGGUCUGGGACAUGGCGUAUCACGGAUGAGCAAUUACUUCCAGUCGCUAGUGCAGGAUGGCAUUGGAGCGGCUUCACGAGCGCCCAAUUCCAAAGACCAAAUGACUGUUCUUUCUCAGUUGAAGACCGUAUUGGAAGCAUCCAUACAGUUCAUCGAAGUCUGUAAAGCGUGUGGCGGCAAUCCCCGAACCCGAAAUUUACAUGGGGAUGUGAACGAAUCGGCUGACUCCUUGCUCGAAGCUCUUCAUGAAUUCACGCAGACGCUGGAGCGCAUCCAGUCCCAAGCUGGAUUUGUCCGCACAAUGAUUGAUAAUGUCAGUGCCGCAAUCUCAAAGGUCGACCACCGUAUCAGCGCUUCGGAAGAUUCCUUUGUCGAUUUCCAGACUCGCAUGUUCCGUUAUGCAAAGGAAAUGACUCGUGUAACGCACGAAAUAUCCGCCAAAAGCCAGUCGGAACCGCACGAGCUGGGCAAUUUGGCUCAGCAGUUGUACAAUCAUUACAACCUUCUGGCAGAGGAUGCACGGGGAGCACAGUCAGCGAGCGCGAGCAAUGAAAUCGGCCAACGUAUCAGAUCCAGUGUCCAGGAUUUAGGGCACGCGGUGAUCGAUCUCAUUAAAACUGCUGGUUCCGUGCAGAGCAAUCCUUCCGAUACAUAUAUUAAAGACGAGCUUUCGCGCAGUUCAAAGCUGGUCAUUGAAAAAGUCACGCAUGUCCUUUCGGCUUUACAAUCCGGUUCCCGGGGAACGCAAGCGUGUAUUAAUGCCGCUAGUACCGUUAGUGGCGUCAUUGGGGAUCUGGAUACUACGAUUAUGUUUGCCACCGCCGGUAUUCUCCAAGCAGAAGAUGAAAAUGACCGGUUUUCAGACCACAGAGAAGACAUCCUAAAAACGGCUAAAGCUUUGGUGGAAGACACGAAGACUUUGGUGACGGGAGCAGCUUCUAGCCAAGAGCAACUAGCAGUUGCUGCUCAGAAUGCUGUGAAAACUAUUAUUCAACUUGCGGAGGUUGUCAAAAGCGGUGCUGCUUCACUUGGAAAAGAAAACAGUGAAUCGCAGGUCCUUCUUAUCAAUGCGGUGCGAGAUGUGGCGUCAGCAUUGGGUGAUCUCAUCCACGCCACAAAAUCGGCUUCGGGAAAGAGUCUGAACGAUCCAGCCAUGUUAUAUUUAAAAGACUCAGCUAAAAUCAUGGUUACUAAUGUUAUCCUCUUGAAAACCGUUAAAACGGUUGAAGACGAGCAUGCUCGUGGAACCCGGGCUUUGGAGGCUACAAUUGAAGCUUUAAGCCAAGAACUACGAGUGUUUGAUUCUUCCGAUGGAAGCGCUGACGGAAGAACCGCUACCGCAGAAGAUCUUUUGCGUGUAACUAAACCCUUAACCCAAGCGACAUACAAGGCCGUAACCGCCGGAAAAACGUUGAAGCAAGAGGAUGCUAUUACAGCAGCUAACAUGGGUCGCAAGGCUGUUGGUGACUUGCUGUACACGUGCCGCGCUGCGGCUAACGGCUGCGAAUCACCGGAAACGCGCAACAAGGUUUUGUCAGCCGGCCGCGAAGCUGCUAUCAAAUAUCGCGAGCUUCUUUCAACAGUUCACAUGAUUUUGACCAAGCCGGAAGCACGCCAUCUGCAAAACAAUCUUGUGCAGAUGACGCAAAGUAUUGCUUCCGCUGUUGCGCUGAUUGCCGCUGCAGCGGAGAGUAUGAAGGAUUCGGAUACUUGGGUGAAUCCAGAAGAUCCGACUGUGAUAGCCGAAAAUGAACUCCUUGGCGCUGCCGCCACGAUCGAACAUGCGGCGAGGAAACUCAGCCAGCUGCAACCACGAAGAAUCGAGUACAAGGUUGAUAAUGAAAUGCUGAAUUUCGAUAAACUGAUCCUAGACGCCUGCCAGCAAAUUACCACCGCGACGGCCGCUUUAAUCAAAUCCACAUGCGCCGCGCAAGCGGAGUUAGUGGGAGAAGGACGAGUCAGUGCCCGCCCGUUGUACAGCUCAGAAGAUGGACAGUGGUCCGAUGGUUUAAUCAUGGCGGCCCGCACUGUGGCGGCAGCAUGUCACAAUCUGUGUGAAGCGGCAAAUGCUUUGGUCCAGGGUCAUGCUACGGAGGAGAAGCUUAUUGCUUCGGCUAAACAGGUGGCCAGCUCCACCGCCCAACUGCUGGUGGCCUGCCGCGUUAAAUCCGACAGCAAUUCGCCCAGUCUGCAACGACUCCAGGCUGCCGGUAAUGCCGUUAUGCGCGCUACUGACGCCCUGGUCAGGGCAGCCCAGCAGAGCCUAGAUGCGUAUGAGGAGCGUAGUUUGGUCAUAAAUCGGCGAAUUGUAGGAGGAAUUGCGCAAGAAAUCAACGCGCAGGAAGAGGUGCUGAUUAAAGAACGCGAACUGGAAGAAGCGAAAGGAAAACUGACAGCUCUACGGAAAGCUAAAUAUGGCGAGCGUCAGUCUGAUGACGAGUAUUACGGCUAUGGCGCUUCUUCGUCCAGUCACACCUAUCAUUCGCAAUCAGAAACCCGGAUCACCGAAGCCCGAUAUACUUCCGGUUACACCUCGCAGUAAUCGUUGGAACGGAACUUGUCGCGCUAGCUAGCUCAGUCUUCCUUGCUGUUUUAAACCAAAUAUUCCACGGUGGCAGCUGCUUGUUCUUUUAACCAUCCUCUUUAUAGUUGUGACCAAUCAAUCCGCUUUUACGGCAGACUUUUAAAUUACGCUUGUAUGCAUUUAUUUGUCCUGGUGCCUUUUCCUCACACCUGCGUUUUAUUGUUUUAAUUCUUUAAAAAAGAUUGAAUGUCUGAAUAGUUUUAACUUUUAUGUUUUAUGUCACGGAUUGCAUGUUUUUAGUGGAAUUUUACAGUGUUUUUGGUGUUUGUCGGUCUAUUGUGAAAAUUGCAAGUGCCGGUCUUGUUGUCGUAAACUCGUAAUCGCUCGAACAGAUUUCGUAAAGUUAAUUCUGUUCAGUAUAAAUUGAAAAAAAAGUCCCAAAAGUUGA